CCCAGGCAUGGCUCUCAGUGUCCUGCAUGAUGUGGAGGGGGGAUGUGGUGCGCUCCUCGGUCCGACCCCCGCCUGGAUACUUAUAUAUAUUCCCAUAACUCGGUGCAGUGAAAGUGAAUGUGAAUGUGAGAGUGAAGGAAGGAAUAAUGUGACGGAAAGAAAGAGGAUAGAGGAGUAAACGAGAGAGAGAGAGAGAGAGAGAGAGAGAGAGAGAGAGAGAGAGCAAAAUGCAGACCACAAUGAAAACGAACGCAACAGAAUUUUUCACCGGAAUUUCACCACUAAAAGGUGUGUCCGCCAUGAACGGGACCCACCUAGCUAACGGGCGGUCGGGCAGGUGUCACUGUUGCCCCUACGGUUACCACAUAGACCUGGACUUUGUUAGGUACUGCGAGAUGGUCAACCAGGUGUCGAAAAAUGACAACCCAACACUGCGCCACUUGAAGAAGCUGAAGAGACAGAGACGAAGGCAAACUCAAUCAAUGGAAGUCUUGCUAGGGCUGGAGCCAGGCGAAGAAAGGGCUACUACUGCUACUACUGCUACUACUGCUACUGUUGCUGCUGCUACUACUACUACUGCUGCUGCUACUGCGGUUAAUAAUAGCUUGCAUCUGUUCCCGAGGUUGCAGAUUAUAGAAGACCCCCAACCAAAUAACAAGGAGAAGGAACGCACACCCCCUCCUCCUCCCCCCCGCCGCAGCCGCACCCCAGUAGGCGGCGGGGGGGCUGGGGGGCCUCCUCCUGACGUGAUUAGCACCUCCAGAAAGGCCGUGAGUGACGCUCUGGCUGCCAUGAAUGAGAGGAAUAGGAAGGGAGGGGAGGGGGCAGCUGUAGACCGCCCCCCUCCUCCUCCUCCUUCUUCUGCCCCCCUCCAUGAUGCCAAUGACGCCCUGCAGGAAGCAGUUUUGGACUUUGAGGAAAUGCUGGAGACUUCGAGGGAGAGAAUAGGAGGAGGAGGAGGAGGAAGAGGAAGAGGAGGAGGAGGAGGAGGAGGAGGAAGGGCCAAUACUCUCCCCUCUUUAGACCUCCUCCACCACACUCCACAACCUCCACCGCGCCUCCACCACAACGAGGGGAAAAGUGGAGUGAGUGUGUCCCGCUCUCACUCUCUCCCAAGACAGUGGUUACGCCGCCCGCUGUAUCCCUCCCGCUCCUCCCUCUCCCCCACUCCCUCCCCUACACCCUCACACGCCCACAGUGACACAGAAGACUGCAGAAUGGCGGUGGUGCGGGCGCUGCGGCAGAGUGUGGGCGGGGUGGGCAUGGGCGGGGCGUGGGGGCGGCCUCUCUCCACGCCCGCCAGCCCACGCCACUACAGUUUUGACUCUUACUACCAGUACUUUAACACUUCUACCCCGCCCCCGCCGCCCACGCCUGCCUCCUCGGUGGAGGACUGGCCAGCUGUGAGUCGCCUACGUACUUCCUCCACCUCCUCCCUGCCGCCGCCGCCCGUGCCUCCUCCCCCGGCUGAUGUGGGUCAUAUUCAACAGGGCGGCACUGGGCGGCUGGCGGACACUCUAGCAGCCCUUAAUGCCGCCCGGGGAUGCUUCACGCCCACCUACCCUGAAUUCGACACCCUCAGCAUGACCUCAGGGAUGUCAGGGGUCAGCACCACCACCCUGCAGUCGAUCCGGGACCAGAUGGCCACCAGCUUGGCGCGCCUGAAGGAGCUGGAGGAGGAGGUGAAGCAGAUCCCCGUGCUGCAGGUAAAGGUGAACGUGCUGAAGGAGGAGAAAAAGCUAUUGCUGGACCAGGUGCGGGGGCUGGCCCGGGGGGAGGACCGGCCCCCCCUGCUGCUGCCCCCCAGCCUGGAGGGUGACCUUACGGACCUGUCUGAGGACGAGCUUGAGACGCGCCUGGCCUCCCUGCGAUCAGGCCCCGCGCGCCGCCGCCGCAGCGAAUCCCCCCUUAGGGUGAACCUGGAGGAGUUCAAGUCGUACCGGCGGGCGCGGCGCGGGUCGCUGUCUGAAGGGUCCGAGGCGGAGAGCAUGGCGGGAGACGACUAUCCGCUGCGCAUCACGGAACCACAAGACCCCCAGCGCCGUCCCGCCCCACCGCGCCGCCUGGGCCACGAGCCAGCCUACAGCCUGCCGGGCACGCCUCUCAUGGGCCGCAGAAAGUCACGGGAUGCCGCCACUAGCUGCCGCGUGCUAACGCGUGACGUGGGAGUGACGCAUGUAGGCGCCAGGACGCGCUCCGUGGGUCUGAUGGCCUCCAGCGAGGAGGAGCCCUGCGCAGAAUGUAAGGAGCGCGGCCACCGGAGCUUCCAGGACAAGGGCGUGGCCACGGAGCCGCAGGAGGACAACCGGCGGCGUCUGAGCGUGAAGAGCGUGUCCACGGAGAGCAUCGGGCCCGAGGAGGCGGAGCAGGAGGGCGCCCCCUCCAAGAACUCCUUCCUGGCCAAGUUGGGCCGUAAGUCAGCCAUCAUCAGCCGUCUGUCUGAGCCGCAGCUAGUGCCACCCGCCCUCACCUUCGACAAUUCCACCAACACGGAGCCCGUGGUGCGGCGCGACCAGGCGUGCGGUACCAGUCUGUCCGGGGCGCGCCUGUACACACCCGCAGAUCUCGCCCAGCACAUGGCGCGCGCCAAAGAGGAGUGGGAGGCUGCAGAACGCACCAGGCAGCAGCUGGCGCGCUCCUCGCGGCCCCUCACGCUGGACCGCGGUACACAGGCUACCCUGGACCUACCAACACCACCCAAGACCACCUUCAGACCCCUCAUGCAGAGCGUGGGCAGCCAGGUGCAGCCCCGCAGCGUGGACGUGGGUGUGGGUGUCGCCAGGAUCACAGACGACCCCUGCCCGCGCUGCUCAGGCCUCAGAACGCGCUCCGUGGCCUGCGGCUCCUCCGUGCCCCCGGCGACGCCCGCGCCCUCCACGCCCCCAGUCAGGACCCGCAGCGUGGCGAGCGGCGAGCUGGCGCUGCACGAUCCCUGCUGCCCGGACCGCCCCGCCCCGCCCCGCCGCUCCGUGGGCUGCAGCUUGGACCGCCUCACAGACCGCCUGUGUGACCACUGUGAUAACCUUCGGGUGCGCUCCGUGGGUGUGGGCACUCCGCCACCCCCGCCCACCCCCGUGCCCCCACCACCUGUAGAAAAACCCAAGCCCCCGCCCAUGCACUCCACCCACACUCAGACCCGCCCACCCUCAACUCGAACCGCCUCCGUCAACACGGCGCCGCUGCCGAUCAAGAAGGAGGAGGCUGCCCCACCCAGCCCUGCCGGCACGCCUGAAGUAGAACGGCGAGCUUUUGGUAGCUCCGGGGUGCGUGUGUGUGACAAGUGCCACGAGGCCAUCACGUCUGUGGCCAAGGACAUCGUGGGCACUAGCGGCUCCACCUCCCUGCCACCCCUGCCGCCACCUGCCUCAAAGAUCCCUCGCCUGGUGGACAUCACCAAGGUGGAGCCGCGCCUUGACCCGCCUCGGCCCGACUCUCGGGCCAGCGAGGGCAGCCACCCAGACAGCCAACCAUCCAGCCUGGCCAGCCAGCCUGAGGUGCGGCCCUCAAUGGUGCCACAGCGCUCCGGCCUCACCCCGCCCAGGACACUGAAGACUGAGCCGACCUUCGCACAAACACACACCACCUCCUCCACAGCCUCCAAGAUCACCACAGAGGCCAAGGUGACGGCAGCAACAGCAACAUUGCCCAAGAUUCAGGUCACUCGGGUGAACCAGACACUGCCGGAACCUGCCGUGAAGGAACGCCCAACCACCACCGCCACUGCCACCGCUGCCACCACCACCACCACCACUUCACAGGAUUCAACCACACAGGGUAAGCGAGCUGUAUACACCCGCCAAGACACUUACACCAAGUCCUCAGAAGGCAUCGUUAACCUGGGCUUUGAGGACCACAAACCAACAGCACAGAAACAUGCAGCAUCAGUUGGGACUUCCACCCAAGGCUCCACUCUCACCACCAUCACAGAAAGCACCAAGAAGUCCCUCACCACAGACACCACCACCACUAUCACAUCCACUACCACUGCUGCCACCAAGACACACAAGCAAAAGACAGACACCAAGGAGGACAACACCAGCAGGAAGACGAGUGAGAGUGAGGCAGUGGCGGCGGCGGUGAUCCAGGGCAAGGGCAGCGAGGCGAGCGAGUCCUCCAGCAAUGAGAGCGAGAGUGAGGACGAGGGCGGGUCUGUCGUUGAUGGAGCGUCCCUCCUCUCUCAGCUUGGUGGCGGCUCCACCUACCGCAGUGACUCCUCCAUCUUCACCGCCGCUAGUGAGGCCAGCAGGAAGAAAGCCGUGCCAUCUCGGGAGAUGAAGGCGGCCCUGAAGGUGCUCAACGACUCCAUUGGCAAGCCUGUGCGGUCUGGCCAGCAGCUCACCAAUGCACUCAACAUUGUCCAGCGGGAAUGGCUCAAGGUCUCCAGCCAGAAGGACGCUGACCCGCAUGCAGUGGAGGAUUACAUGGACGCCUUCGAGGACUACUCCAAGAACCUCCUGCAGAAAGUGGUGAACCUGGCCGAUGUCAAUGGCAACACCGCCAUGCACUACGCCGUCUCCCACGGUAACUUUGACGUGGUGUCCGUGCUGCUCGACUCCAAGGUGUGCAAUGUGAACCAACAGAACAAGGCAGGGUACACGGCCACCAUGCUGGUCUCCCUGGCUCAGAUCAGAUCCCAGACCCAUGCCAGUGUGGUGCAGCGCCUCUUCCAGCUUGGUGACCUCAACAUCAAGGCCAGCCAGCACGGACAGACGGCACUGAUGCUGGCAGUGUCCCAUGGCCGCCUGGACAUGGUGCAGAUGCUGGUGGCAGCCGGGGCAGAGAUCAACAUCCAGGAUGACGACGGUUCUACAGCCCUCAUGUGUGCUGCCGAGCACGGACACCUGGCCAUCGUCAAGUUCCUUCUGGCCCAGCCCGACACAGACCCAACGCUGAUGGACAAUGACGGCAGCACGGCCCUCACCAUUGCAGUGGAGGCCGGCCACAGGGACGUUGGGGUGUUGCUCUACAAGCACCUCAACCUGUCCCGCGGCUCCUCCCCGUACUCCUCAGUAAGGAUCAAGAGGUCUCGCACACCAAACGCCUUCCGCUCCUCCGUCACCCCCCCACCCCGCUCCUCCGCCCCGUCCUCCCCCGGCCGCUCCAGGAAGUCCUCAAACCCGGCUUCCCCAGGCCGGUCCAGAAAGUCCUCAGCCUCCCUCUCCAACCUUAUCCUAUAGACACAAAGAUGGGUGGGUUGUGGCUCACACACCACCUUUCACACAUUCACCUCACCAGUCCACAAGUCCACAAGUCCACAAGUCACUCAUCAAUGCACUUCCAAUGCCACGCCACGCCACACUACCAAGGACGUCACCAGGCUAAGUUACAAACCCUUAAGUUAUUAGAUACACCAAUUACUUAAAACCUUUGUGUGUGGUGGUGCUAAUAGAAGAAAAUCCUUGUUAAUAGAAUAACAUUUACUCAGGCCAAAAUAUUCCCAUUUGAAAAGAAGACUUGUAUCUUUUUACAAGGACAAUAUCCCAAGUAACAGAUUUUGCUCUUAAUAGUCUGGUAUGAGUUACUACAGUAAUGUACAUAGCAAGGAUUUUCUCAUAGCAAAACUGUAUUAAUAGAAAACCACUGUGAUGUCCCUGCAGUGUGUGUGUGUGUCUGUGUGUGUGAGGCUUACACAUGACAAGGCUGACCGGUGUGUCUGUCUGCUGGUGUAUUUAUGACAAAACAUAUUAGUAUUUAACAUGAAUAACAAUGAAUUAAUAUAUUUCAUUAUAUAUGUGUAACGCAAUGCAUUUCACCGAGGCAUUUUCAAAAGAUGUUCAGGAGGAUGUAUUAGUUUAGUGCAUUUAAUAAGUGGAUAGGGCAAGACAAGACUGUAUUUGUUAUUUAACCCUGUGGUGCAUUUGUUAGUGUGUGUGUGUGUGUGUGUGUGUGUGUGUGUGUGUGUGUGUGUGUGUGUGUGUGUGUGUGUGUGUGUGUGUGUGUGUGUGUGUGUGUGUGUGUGUGUGUGCAUGAGUGCAUGUGAGUGUGUGAUGACAAAAGUGUGCAUCAAAGGUUCCUUGUGGGGACCAAAUCACACCUUCAGGUUGUAGGAGGAAGGUUUAGACUCUAAACUCUCAGAGUGUGUCAUUAUGCAGGUGCUACUGUCCUGAGGUGUGGUGGUGUGACGGGAACUCUCGUGUGGUGUGACGUGUGACAAUGGCAUGCUACUUAUGAACAGGGAAGGAGGGAGAUACCACAGUGCUUUAAGUAUGGAUGAGUUUGUUUCCUGUUAGUCUUUCCUACUCCCUGUCAUGUGUUUCUGGAGUGAUAAGGACAUACAGGACAGGAAAGGUGGAAGGUGCUAGCAAGACACAGUGAUCCCAUGUAGAAAUAGACUAAGGCUGAAGACAAAGAAGAGUAGUAAUAGUGAACACAAAUUAAUUAAAUGGUCACAAAGCUAUAACUCUGAACCGUCACAAAAAUUGGAUAGGCAAACUUUUCUUUUAUCCAUUUAAAUCAUACAAAAAUGGAGUCACUUAGAUGUUUUGAAGCCAGACGAGCAAUUUCUGUGCUGUUAGUAUUUAAAUUAGUGUCUAAAUAUAUUCAAAGAAGUGCCUUGGAAAUGCUGUGUUAAGGUUGUAUGCAGCAUGCCAUUUCAUACUUGCUAUUGAAUUGUUAAACGUUACAAUGUUUAAAGUUUUGAGUGUGUGUGUGUUUGAUCUGUUGCAGUCUCUGAUGAGUGUGUGUGUGUGUGUGUGUGUGUGUGUAAUAUCUGCCAAAGAUAAGAAAAUAACCAGAAAUAUCUUUUAUGUAUUUAAAUCUGAAAAUUCAAUUAGAAACAAUUAUUUAAUAAGGUUUGAAAUGUUCUAGACAAAACUUUAUGCAUUGAGACAAAUGUGAGGUACCGGUUGAAAUGUCCGUCAGAAAGGCACCAAUGACAGUGACUGUUUGUGAUGCUAAAGGCUGGAUUGUCCCUUAAAGACUGUAUAUUAACAUUUAUUCUGGCACCAGUUCUGCUGUAACACUUCAUACUGGAACUACACUCCAAAUAUCUUUAGUUACUUUUAAUACCACUACUAUUGCUAAAUAUCUUUCAGACUAACCAUUCAUGUGGAGUUUGUGUAAUUUUCCCAAAUAUCUCGUGUUGAAAUCCACUAAAGUACACCUAGGCUCAUUUUCCUGUGAGACGUGCCAACCUAACUAAUUCACCAAUAUUGUAUUAAUGGAGUUUCACUGCCAUUUAUCAUCACUGUCAUUGCCGUCAGUCAUUAAUAAUAAUACGUUUAAGGACUAUUGAUGUUGCAGCUUGCGACUAACUUCAUCUGUGAUGGUCAUUCCAUUUCAGCCUCUUGCUAAUACAUAGCUGGAAACGUGUUUGUGACGUGCAGUGUCGGGAGAAAGGUCUGGCCCUUGUCCUCCUUCCUGUCCUCAUACUUUCCCUUGACUAGUCCAGUUGCUUCAGCAUCACACUAUUACACUAAACUAUUUCCCUUAGGCUGCUCCUGUUAUGGAGUGCCACUCCUUAUAAUCUUUUGCAUCACCCAUCACUGCAGUACCUACUACUUUGACUCCCUCCACCCAUCUCUAUUAUGCUUCCUCUUCAACCUCUCUUGUUACACUGCAAUAUCUAUGACUGAAUGAAAUAUACUUUUUACAACAAGCUGUCCGUCCGUGAGUGAGUGCAAUGAACAAUUCACAGCCCGUCUCUAUUACUGUGCCAGAUAUGCUGAUACCUGGAGAGCAGUAACAACACUAGCUGGACCUUUCUCCUCUCUCAGCACUGCAGGUGUAAGCUUGGAUUCUUGUCUCUGUGCUGCACAUUCUCUGAGUGUGUGAGCUUGUUCGAAUUAUGCAUUCCGGAGGCAGUUGAUACAUUUGUUGAAGAAAUAAUGAUGUUUAGCUGUGAAAUGUUGAGGUUGUGCCAAGCUUAAUAAAAAAGUUGUUACUCAGA